UGUCAGUGUGCAGAUAGCAGCGCUCGGUGUUUGUUUUCCCGCUGCCGGCUGGCAGAGCUGCGAGCUCCGGAGACGGAAGCCCAUCGGUUGCAGGGACACCAUGACCUCCUGGACCACCAUGAAAACGCGGAUAACCGCAUCGGUGCGCACCACCAACCGGAUGAACGCCCUGCUCUCGGAGUCGAUGCUGAGCAGGAGGCGAGCGGCCCAAAAUCCGGAAGGGGAGGCGACCGGCGGAGAGGCCGGGGAGCCACGGAAGGAGAAGCCCAAGAACGACUGGAAGUUCUUUCACACCAACUUCAAUAUGGAACGUGCCCAGAAGAUCAUCGAAGAUUGCAUCGAGGAGCGGCUGCUGUGGGACCGCUUCAGCCGCAAUUACGACUCUUGGCGGGCUCUGCAGCUGGCCGAAGGUCUAGCGGCCGAGAUACGCGACCGGGUCAAGAAGCUGAACCACAGGCGCCACCGCAUCGUCUGUCUGCUGUCGAUCGUGGAGAAGCAGAACCAGGGGGUCUACCAGCGCAUGUGCCACCUAAUGGACGAGAAGCGGGACAACUUCACCCAGCUGGUCUUUGAGCGGCCCACGUACUUCAUGAUCGUUGUGCUGUAUCUGGUCUAUAAGGAUUAGUCGCGAAGUGGAUGUCAGCUUAACUGUCUCUAGUUGCUUGUUAAUUACGUUAAGGUUAAGCAAAGUGUUGACUUAAAAU